CUGUGCACUGCGCAUGCGUCUACGCUCAGCCUCGCUCCGUCUCACCCUGACAGCGGACCUCCAUCCACCCUACCAAGCACCCAGCGACCCCAUCUAUCCAUUUCUCCAUCUUUUCAUCCCGUGCAAGGUGUGAGGAUGCUGGCGUGUACAGAGAUGAUCACGAUGUGUCUGCAGUCUGCCAAGCAGCAACACUUCAGCAAACAGCUGCAGCAGGAGUGUGACUAUAACCACAACCGCACCGCAUCCCUUUUCCACGAUAUAUUUCGCCGGGCAGACAAAAAUGAUGACGGGAAGCUUUCCUUGGAGGAGUUCCAGUCAUACUUCAAUGAUGGUGUCCUCACAAACGAGCAGAUGCAGGAGCUUUAUCGCUCCAUCGACAGGCAAAAUGCAGACAACAUGGACAUCGACAAACUGUCAGAGUACUUCAGUCCCCAUGUGGGGGAAUACAUCAACGUGCUGUCUGCGCUUGAGAAGUUAAAUGUGGCUAUUUUAAAGGCAAUGGAUAAAACUAAAGAGGAGUAUCAAGGCUCUUCUGUGCUGGGUCAGUUUGUGACGCGCUUCCUGCUCAGGGAGACCUCCACCCAGCUGCAGUCCCUGCAAUCAUCACUAGACUGCGCCAUGGAGGCUGUCCAUGACCAAGGCUGCACAAACAGAAGGUCAGUGAAAAAGCCUGAGGACCUACCUAUCCAGAGGGUCUCCAAACGUCCGGCCCGACGCAUCCAGAAGAACAUGUGUCUCUCUCCUACGGACCCUUACUCUGGCAUGCUGACCACAGGGGUCAGUGUGGAGUCCGACUACCACUGGGGAUCCCAAGUUGACCAACUGGAGCAGCUCAUAGACAAGCUGGAGUGUGAGAGUCCACAUCUUGAACCUCUCAAAGAAGACACUCUGGCGGGGACAUAUAAAUCGAACAUCCUCCUGGUCCAAAGACAAAUGUCAGUGAAGGAGUGUGAUGUGGAACGAUUCCAGAAUGCUCUGAAGAUUUACACAGAAUCCAGCAGCGGACAGCAAAACAACUUACACAUUUCAGUCCAGAACCUGCCUGACAGAUCAUGCUUUAUCAUGUAUGAAUUUUGGCAGGAUCGUCUCUCCUGGAUGAGCUUCCUGCAGUCGCCCAUAAGUAAAACGUUCCAGCGCUGCAUUAUUGACUCACUGGAGGAGCAAGAGAUCGUCUCUACCAUGCUCCUUCCAGCUUCCUGGUGGAUUAUGAACAACAACUGACGGCGCAACGCUUCGGCACGAAUGAAAAAAAGGGUUAUUGUUGUUGUUUGCUGUUGCUCUUUUCUGUAAAUUCUGAUUAAGGCAUGAUGGCCAGAAGAGAUACGCUUCAAGGUACAUAAAAGGACUUGAAUAGAAUUUAAUGCAAUAUUUGAUGAUGCAAUCAGCAUCAGUGCUGAUGUUGAUGUGGCACUUUUCUUAGACCUGAUUUAAUCGAGGCACAGAAAAUUGGGAGGAGUAAAAACAAUUGCAUGAUCCUUAUACCUACCGAUCUCUCCAUAUAUUUUAAGUAGAUAAAAUGUCAAUGCAACAAAAACAGCUCAUUCAUCACCCCCUCAAUACAAAUAUCGACAGAAAGAUUAAAUAACACGUUAAUUCAUUUCCUUUUGUCCUCGUUGUGAUGUUGUGCGCUGAUGUCUCCUUAACUAGCUCUCAGCUUUCUGCUGGUGGGGAUAAAGAAACUCCUCGUCUAGACUCAAUAAUAAAAAUGUGUAAUGUGAUAUAUACAGUAUGUAAUACUAAAAUGGUCCAACUAAACUUCUCUGCCACUCUUGCACUUUAGUAAACCUGGACCUACAUGUAUUUGUUCAAAAAUAUACGUCCAGUACAUUUAUUCUAGACUGUAAAAGUAUUUUCAACAAGAAUUUCACUUUAAGUAGAAUAUCAACAGUCAAACCAAAUCACAUGAAUGUCAAAUGACACUAUUUUACAUGCAUACACCAUGCAGGCAGAAGACACACACGAGACGUUUUUUGUGUGAUGAUGCAAGAGAAUAGAUGUCCAUUAUGUACAAUCGUCAGAUGUAAGUAGCGUAGUUGAAGAUACACUAAGUUCAUGUAUAGCGUAAUGGUUACUCCUUAUGAAAUGUGACAAACAAGCAUUCUCACGGUCCAUGCAUGAAACGUCACAGAAGAGUAAGCAAUGCAUGGGCUGUUCACCCACUUUUUCCCCUUUAGCAAUAAUGUGAAUUUGGUAUGUGUUAUAUGUUAUAUUUGUUUUCAGGCAUGCAAUAAAAUGAAUGACAUGCACAAAGUG